GUUACAGUCACGCAGGCAACGGGGUUAACAGUAAUGUUGUGAUAUUUAUUUUAUAUAUGGCGUGUUGGUAAUCUUUCAAAUUUCAUAGAUUUUUUCCAAGAAUAACAUUAAUGGUAACUUUCACCUCAGCAUUGUCAGCAAGAAGCAUCCCAGAAUGGAGGAAAGGAAGGAACGUCCACUGAGGACUGGCGAGGGCAUGUCGUACCCCGCGCGGAGGCGGGGUUCACGCUGCCAGCAGUUGCCCGAGCGCCAGCUGGGAUUACGCGGGCUCCAGGACCGCAACGAGGCGCUCAGCUGGCUGCCGAAGCCGCAGCUCAGCCAGGGUGUGUCGUACCCGGCGCGGAAGCGGGGUUCACUCUGCCUGCAGUCGCCCGAGCGCCAGCUGGGAUCAUGUGGGCUCGAGGACCGCGACGAGGUGCUCAGCUGGCUGCCGGAGCCGCAGUUCAGCCGCAGCAUGGUGGCCGCCAAGCCGGAGAGGCGCGAGAGGAAGGCACACAGAGACAAGCCGGCCAGGAUGUCCGUCAUCAAGGCCUUCGACAAGGCCGUGCUCGAAGAACUGAAGCUGCGCGACCUGGAGACGGACAACAUGCUGAACAUCACUGGCUGCACGCAGACGGCCGGCUGCUACCCGAUGGAGGAAUCCUUGGGCACGGCCAUCAAGAGCAGCUUGAGUCUGAACUUGGCCCCCCACACUACGCCAGUGAGAGAUACCCAGCUCCAUGAAGCAGUCGACAACCUCGUCAAGGCGGAGUUGCUGUGCAAAUACCACGCGGCCUUCCAGGCAGCCCAGGCGGCGGCCGAGAGUGCGCCCCUCGACCAGGCUGAGGAGGCGGCUGUCACACGUGCCAAGGAGUUCACCGUGGAGUUCGUGCCGGCCAUUAAGGAGCCCGUGGUUAGCGAGCAGCCUGUCAAGCUGCUUGGCUACAUAGGCUACACCCGUGCGGACUAGGACACACCUGCUCGCCCUACUUGAAUACAUAGGCUACACCUGCUCCUUCUACUCGGCUACAUAGGCUACACCUGUUCCUUCUACUAGGUUACUUAGGGUUCACCUGCUCCUACUUGGCUACAUAGGCUACACCUGCUCCUUCUACUCGGCUACAUAGGCUACACCUGUUCCUUCUACUAGGUUACUUAGGCUUCACCUGCUCCUUCUACUAGGUUACUUAGGCUUCACCUGAUCCCUCUACUUGGCUACAUAGACUACACCUGUGUGGACAAGGACACACCUGCUCCCCCUACUUGGCUACAUAGGCUACACCUGCUCCUUCUACUUGGCUUCAUAGGCUACACCUGCUCCUUCUACUCGGCUACAUAGGCUACACCUGUUCCUUCUACUAGGUUACUUAGGCUUCACCUGCUCCUUCUACUUGGCUACAUAGGCUUCACCUGCUCCUUCUACUUGGUUACUUAGGCUUCAUCUGCUCCUUCUACUAGGUUACUUAGGCUUCACCUGCUCCCUCUACUCGGCUUUAUAGACUACACGUGCAUGAACUUGCAUACACCUGCUUUCUUUACUCGGCUACAUUAGCUAAACGCGCGUGGACUAGGAUACACCUGCUCCCUCUACUCAAACAGCCCUCUGUCUCCGGAAUUACAAACUACUUCAGAUAAUAUCGUUUAAAGUUGAUCACAAAUGAAAAAAAAAAAAUUAAGACAUACAAUAACAUUGUUUAUUACUAUUUACUAAUCUGAUUGAAUAAAAAUUUAUUUUAAACAGGC